GCCGCGUCGCGCCAAGCGACUAUUCCACCACCGGCACGUCGGAUGGUGCGCGCGUGUAGGACGCGAUCGGUCGACCUAACGGCCACUUCCAUUCGCACUGAUUCACCUCCCCGCGUUUCAUUCUCUUGGCUGCGCCGCUCGCCACCUCUAUCUACCACCAUCGCCAUCACCCUCCGCGGAUGGGAUUCGGCAGCGAGAGAGACAAGGCCUUCUUUGUCCAUGGCUCUUUGCGAUUGCGGUGACGGAGAAAAUCCUAAACUGGCUGUGAUGGACGCAUGUAACUACAUUCGUGCACAGAAAUCCGUGACGAUACGAUCGGGAGAGCCUAGAACGAAAUGUUGCACAACUCGGAGACAAAUCGGAGGACAGUUGGUCCUAUCGGACUUUGAAAAGCCACCGAUUUAUCAGAGCUGUUUGAUCGAAAUUUCAAUGGUCACACACCAUUUUCCCGAUAGUGGCAGAGAGUGAGAUAGAGGGAGAAGGGUAAGUCGAUGCGGAGAGUUGAUCGAUAUUGGCAGCAGAAUGUGUACACGUAUAGAUUGGUGAGUGCGUAUGGAUGCGCGGAGCACACCGCGACCGAUACGAUGUAUCUCGUCCGACGCUUUGUGCUCCGUCAUUCCACGAUUCUCCGGAGCUUCGUACGAGAAUUUGAUAAGGCGUCAACAACGGCGGUGAUGCUCGGAACACAGAAGACUAUCAUUAAAGUAUCGUUGCUCGCAUCGUGAAAUAGGGAAAAGCUUGAGAUUCGAUCAUAAAAUGCGACGUGGUGAAAUAUUUUAUGAUUAAUUUAUGAUAAAAAAGUAUAUAUUUUCUCUCU